AUGGAAGAAAGGAAUGUUCUCGAAUAUGCAGAAGUUAUAAUUGACAGACAAAGGGACAAGAUUAAUGAGUUGGAAAAAAAGUUACUAGAAUUAAGAAGUAGUAGUGAAGAGUUACAAAAAAAUGCUUUGAAAAAUGAUGAAGAAAAUAAAACAUUGAGGUUGGAAUUAAAUAGAAAAAAUGAGAAUGAUAUGCUUUUAAGCAUGCAAAUGAAUAAAGGAAAUGAAUUUCUUCAAAAAAUUAGUGUAUUAGAAAAACAACUACUUAAAAGAGAUACACUUUUAGAAGAACUAAAUAAUUUACUAAAAAAAAGGAAAUAUGAAUAUGAAAUAUUAUUACAGGAAAAAGAAAAUCUUAUAAACACAAUUAAUACGCUAAGGAUUGAUAUAUGUAAAAGUAAAAAGGAUGAAAACUUAAAACAACAGGAAUUUUUACAUAAUGAAAAAGAAAAUGAAAAACUCUUAAAUUUAUAUAAAAAUAAUAACGAAGAAUUGAACAUAACCAAAAGAUGUUUAAUACAAAUUGAGAGUGAAUUGCAUAUGUAUAAAAAACAAAACGAACAACAAAAAAUUGAAAUUCAAAAAUUGUACAAAAUAAUUAGUUGUAUGAAUAAAGAAAGAAUACUAACACCUCCAGUAAUAUUAGCAUUACAAAAUGAUUAUGGAAAAAAAUUAAAAAAUAAAAGUAUAAAUGAACAUGUUCAACUAAAAGCUAUUCAAGAUUCUUCACCAAGUAUUAUUACCAAUAAGGAAAAUAAGUUAACCACAUUAAAGCAAAUGAAUAAUGAAAAAAACACACAAGAAAAAUUAGCAUACAGUGAAAACUUAUUAAAAUUAAACCUAAUGCAAUCAGAAGAGCAAAAAGAUUUAUUUAAUAAAAUAGUAGAAAUGUUGAAUAGAAUAAAAGAUACAAAAACUAUCGAUAACAAAGUUGAUUUUUUUUUUUCAUCCAAUGUUUUACAUUAUUUUCGAAGAAAUACAGCAGGUAAAUUGACAUCUCCGAAUAAUUCGUCAAUAAAUAAUUCAGAUGGUUCAACAACCGAAUCGGAAGAUGGAUUAGAUCAAUUUUCCAACGUUAGUUCCUAUAUAGAUUCUAAAAAACAGAUGUACAAAAAAAAGACAAGGAAAAAAAAGGAGAAAAAAACAAGAAAAAAAAAAAAAAAAAAAAAAGAUGACACAGUGCAUAUGUAUUCAUCAGCUAAGAUAAAUAAAAUGGAUAAAAUUAUAAAGAAAAAGUAUGAGCAAAAAGGAAAAUGUAGCAUAACAGGUACGGAUGACAACACAUGUGACCAUUAUAUGAGUACGGAUAGCAUAAGUACUGAGAGUGCGAACGUGAGUGAUAACAGCAUGAGGAAUAGUAGCAUGGAGAAUAGCAUCCUGAGGAAUAAUAGUGUGAGCAAUAGUAGCGGAAGUUAUGAUUAUUCUUCUGACUUUAAUACAAGUAAUGAAGAAUUCAAAUCCGAGGAUAGAUCAAGAAGUGAUACGGAAGAAACGGAUAAUGCCCAUUUAAAGGAUAAAUAUAGUUAUAAUAAGGGGGAAAAGUAUAAUUUGUUAAAUUAUGAAAAUUAUAAAGAGAGAUUUAUAGGAGUCACAAAUAAAGAAAUUUUUAUUUAUAAUAAAAAAAAUGACGAAGAACCAAUGUACAUAAUAAGAUGUAAAAAUUUAAAAAGAAUAAAAAUGUUAUAUAAUAAUCAAAUAUAUGUUAUUAAGCAUACACCUUUUUAUAAUAUUUCAGAAAAGCAUUAUUUUUUAAUAAAAAACGAUGAUAAAUCUUUAAGGAUAUUUUAUGCUUUGCAGUACGCCGGAUUUAUAAAGGAAAACAAGGAUAAAUUUAUAGGAGAUCAAGAAAAUAAAAAAAAUUAUAUGUUCAGACGAAAUAAUAAUUAUAAUGAUAAUAAAAUUCAAAAUUUAAAUAAUCAAUCUGAAAGGAAUUCUUGUUAUACAAAAUUAAACUCUACCACACCAGAAGUAAUGGUAAAUAUCUUUACCCCGAAUGGAAUAGAUGAAAGCGGGAAAGACGUGCCUUAUACAUGCAAUAAUGUAUUAUUGAAAGGAGAUCCAAAAAAUAAUCAUCUAAUAUUUAUAAAUUUUGAAAAAAAAAAUUCUUUUAUUAAUUGUGAAAAUUAUUAUAAGAAAUAUAAAAAUAAUAAAUUCAUCCUCUACUUUAACAGUUUUAAAGAUCAACAUAUUAUAAUACCUAAAACCAAAGACAGCGCAAAUCUUUUACAUGUUAUUUUAAAUAAGAUGAUCUGGAAAAAUUCUAAUCAUAAUAAGGAAGUGUGUAACAAACCAAUGCAUUCUGAUGGUGACAUCAAAAGCUCUACUGCAUCUUCAUACACUUAUGAUAAAUUUACAAAGAGAAUAGAUAACUAUAAAGAUAUCGAAGAAACACUUGAAAGGAGAGAACGAAAAGAAAUAAAAGGAGUAAAGAAAAGAGGAAUAAACAAAGGAAAAGAAGGUGAGCAUGAGUAUAAAAAUGAGAGUUAUCGAAAAAGUGAGAGUCAAAGAAAAAGAGAAAUCGAAAGAGAAGGAAGCGCAAAAGAAAGUGUAAGAGAAAGCGCAAAAAAAAGUGUAAGAGAAAGCGCAAAAGAGAGUGUAAGAGAAAGCGCAAGAGAGAGUAUAAGAGAAAGUGCAAGAGAGAGUAUAAGAAAAAGCAAAGGAGGAAGCAGAGGAGGCAGCGAAGGAGAAAGCAAAGGAGGAAGCGAAGGAGGAAAAGAAAGUGAUACGGGAAGAACAAAGAAUGAUACACCUUCACUUGGUAGCACUUCAAGUAAAAAGGGAGACACAUUUUUGAUAAAAGACAACGUUCUAUAUAUAUCUAAAGAUGGUACCCCCUUUAAAAAAGAUCAAGUAGAUUUUAAUGAUUAUAAUACUUUCAAAUUUAUGAAUAAAAACUUGAAAAUUUUGAAAGAUGACUAUCUUAAUGAAUUGACAUUUGUCAAAAGUGAAGAAAAUAAGGACGAAGAAACAUACAUUUUUCAGUAUCCUAAGAGAGAGAAAUAUAAUCAUUUAGUAUCCAAAUUAAAUAAUAAUAAUUUUGAUGUAAUAGAAAAAGAUUUAUACGAUAAAAUAAAAAAGGAAGAUAAAAAAGAUGAAGAUGAAACAAAAAUGAUUGAUAAUAAAUCAGAAACAAAAGAUGAAGAAGAGGUAGGUAAAAAAGAAAAAGCAGAUCAAUUUAUAAAAAAUAAUCAAGUUGUAGUUAUUGAAAAGGGUGUUCUGUCUAUUUAUAAAGAUUAUGGUAAUGAAAAUUCUGUUCCAAUAAUGAGAUUUAUAUCUGAUUCUUCUGAUGUUCAUGCAAACGAACAGAAUGGAGAAAUUAGUAUAAAAGAUAGUUCAAAGGAUUCCAACGAAAAAAUAGUUCUUGAUUGCCUAAAUAAAACAGAAUUCCAUAGAUGGAAAAGCGCAUUAUGUUUCGGUGGAUUUAUAAAAGGUGAAAAUAUCAGUAUCUCCUAUAUGAAUUUAAAAAAACAUAUAUUUUCUAUAAAUUUAUUUGAUAAUUUAAAUAUAAAAAGUUUAGUGCAUGUUGAAGGUAAAUUCAUAUAUAUCUACCCAAAUAAUAAAAUUAACAAGCCAUUAUUUUCAUUUGACAAAGAAAAGAUAGAAUUGACUUUGUUUCCAGAAUUAAGGAAAAUACGAAUUUAUUUACAAAGAGAAACUAUAUAUGAACAGCGAUAUGAUAUAACAAUUCCGUUAGCACGUGAUUUUACCAGCAUUAAAGAACAAAUAGAAAAAAAUAAUUUUCAUACAUUAAGCAGCAAAAAAACGCAAAAAAUUAAAAAACCAUUCGUUUUAUGCAAAUCAAAUAUCAUUGCUAUACAUAAAGAUAAAUAUAAAUUAAAACCAGAACUGAUAUUAGAAAAAAAAAAUUGUACUGUUUCAUUUGAUAAAAAUAAACAUAUUAUCACCUUCAAAAUUAAAAAUAAAUUUGAUACUGCUCGUGAAGAUACAAAAACUAUAACUUUAACCAAUGAAAUUAAUUUCAAUAAAUGGAUGGUUACACUAAAAUUGGCCUCAUUUAUACCAGGUUAUAAUUUUGAAGGAAGUAUCACUUUUCCUACCAUUGCUUUUGGACAUACUUGUCCUGAAGCAGCUAGCUUACUUAAGAAAAGAAGUUCACUCAUGAAUUUAUUCAAAAAGUAA